AUGGACGUUCUUGGUCCGCCAAUACGGUACCCAACGCCCCGCGUAAGCACCAGCGAGACUGACAACAACGACAACGACUCGGCGUUCCGGGCAUCCGAUGACUCGACGCUGGCAGGGAGCGUGCCGUCCAGUCCACGGCAGCCCCCUGCGUACGGUGCCGAGCGAGCACCGCCGCUGUACCAAGAGGAAGACGACCCGGACGACAUCAAGGCCAGGCGCAAGAUCAAGCGAACGCUCUGCAUACGGCUGCUGACAUCCAUCUUCAUCACGGUGCUCGUGGCUCUCAUCGUCGCGGCCGUCGUGGCAAGAAUACACGACAGCAACAUCAAUCCUGCUUGGAGCAGCAACGAGACUGCGUCUAACAAAACGAACGGAACCAGCUUCACCGUGGUGUCCAGCAACAAGCCUUCUUCGGCACGGCUCCUCGUGACCGCCACCGAGGCAGCGUUGCAAGAUGCGUCAACAACGGAUGCAUCGCGCCAGCCAGCGACGACGACGACCACAGUCGGUGCCUUUUCAGCACAGGCACAGACCUCCACGGCCGGCGAAAAGGCUGGACAGACGGUGGAUUGUGCGUCCAUGGGAGCAUUUGCGAAUGCCACACCCGUGACUGACAUUGCCCCCCUUCCUACCAGGAUGACGCCCAAGAAUCGACGACGAAAGGUCCACGUCGUCGUUGACGAUGCCGGCACCGGCGACCAGGUGCUCAACAUGGCGGUGUACAGACUCAACGGGUGUUUACUGUCUCGGGCGUCGUACAGAGGCCCCGACGGCGGCUUGGCAUACCGGUGUUCGCUGGACUGUCCUGACGGCGGCCCACGAACCGAGCUUGGGAGUCGGUAG